CGAGAACCACCCAAAACCCAGCAGGCUCGCCCAACAAAAACACAUAACACAACUUCCUUCGACUUCGACUGCGACUUCAGUUUCAAUUUCGAUUACACAAAAAAAGACCUGCUAUACCAACCACCUCAACCCAAUGGCUGCAUCACCAGCAAAGGUCGCCUCAUCCAAACCGAAUCCAUCCACCGAUGGCAAACCCGUUCAAGUCAAAUUGGUCUUGCUAGGCGAAGCUGCGGUCGGAAAAUCAUCAGUCGUCCUCAGAUUCGUUCAAAAUGACUUCCAAGAGAACAAGGAGCCUACUAUCGGUGCUGCCUUUUUGACUCAGAAAUGUAGACUAGAAGAUAAAAUCAUCAAAUUCGAAAUAUGGGACACUGCAGGUCAAGAAAGAUUUCACAGUCUUGCUCCUAUGUACUACCGAAAUGCUCAAGCUGCCAUCGUCGCAUACGACAUCACCAAAAGCUCUUCCUUAGAUAAGGCUAAAUCUUGGGUCAAAGAACUGCAACGCCAGGGGCACGCCAAUAUUGUCAUUGCUCUGAUUGGAAACAAGCUCGAUUUAGUUCAAUCAGACGCAGAUCAAUCGGCCUCCAAUGGCUCAUCCUCAUCCAACGCAGACGACGAGCCAGAUGACGCCACAGCUACCCCGGACAAUGCCACCUCACUCCCUGACUCGACCGCUGCCAAUCCGAAUCUUUCCUCAUCCUCUAAACGUCAAGUUACGAAGGAAGAAGCCGAAGCUUAUGCUCAAGAGAACAACUUGCUCUUCUUCGAAACGAGCGCUAAAACCGGAGAGGGAAUUGUCGAAGUUUUUACUCAAAUCGCUGGCAAGAUUCCAUUAGAGGUUAUCUUAUCCGGCCGAGGGAAUAACACCGCUGGGGGGAGAGCAGGCGCAGCUAACCGGGGCUCAGGCGGUGCUGGAGGGACAAAUAACACCGAAGAUAGUCGGAUCAAUCUUGCUAACAGCGAGGAGGCAAAGAAAGAUGGCUGCGCUUGUUAAACAAAACAUUCACUUGAUGUUGCUUUAUUGCAAAUAACAAAGACAGUCGCAUCUCAGCUACCGACAUCCAAUGCUCCCGAAUCGCUUUCGUACUGUUGGAUGUCGGUAGCUGCUAUUCGAGCCAGCUUUGUGUUUGAUUUACUAGGCCCUGCUUCUUUUGGAUCAUUCAUCACUUUUCUUCUUUCUUUUCUGAUGUACUCAAUUUUGCCAUUAUCUUACCCAAUCAUGACCUUUUUUUUAGCUUGUCUACAAACAUCAAUGCACUCAUCUUUUUUUAAUGUCUCCUGUUGGCUUGAUACAUCUGUUUAGUAGUAUUACCUACCUACCAUUCCUGUUUCUAUGUCUUUUAUUUGUUUCUUCUCUUCCUCUUUUGCUUACAUUUCCUUUCUGACACG